AUGGCUCCGCGCAAUAUACACUCGACAAAUUCUGCCGAGCAUCAAAGCCCGUUUUCGCGGUCUUUCACCUCCAGCUCGCCCAUCGCAGAAGCUGCAAUCGCUCGUGAUUUAGCUUAUACCGACGAUGAUUUCGAUACCGAUACCUCCGAGUCCUCAACAGUCCGUCCUUCCCAUAGCUAUGCCGAAACAAAUCCACACUCUCUUGCCGGAUCUUAUCGUCGCCCGAGCUACUUCACCAAUGUCAAUCAUGCCACCGCUGUUCCGGCUCACAGCGAUUACCAGCCAUUGACUCAUAAUGAACGAGAACAGGCGAUUCGAGAAGAGCGCGCUUUGUUAAGCGAUAACAGAGUCAUCCCGGUGGAACAGAAGUCGCAUGGACUACAACAUAAAUUAAGUAGUCUGUUCUCAACUUCUCCGGGUCUGGUGCAAGCAGGUUCUUCCAAACCGUAUGGAUCGGUGCGGAGCUCAAGGUCACCCGCUAGGGAACCCGAUACUGUAUAUGCUCCUACGGAAUCUACAGCACUACUGGAAACUGUUAGUGAUAGCGGUGCUGAUGAGGUACUCGGACCUGAGGAGAUUGACCGGAAGUGGGAGGAAGCGGUAACAGCCGGAUUAAUCAACACAACAUGGCAACGCGAAGCGAAGGUUAUCGGACGUUACUCAUUACCGUUAAUGGUAACAUUCUUGCUGCAAUAUUCCUUGACGGUGGCCAGUAUCUUCACAAUUGGUCAUUUGGGCAAGGAGGAACUUGGUGCUGUCAGUCUAGCCAGUAUGACAGUGAGUAUUACUGGUAACGCUGUCUAUUCUGGUCUGGCGACAAGUUUAGAUACACUCUGUGCGCAGGCGUAUGGAUCUGGCAAGCGCAAGCUAGUAGGUCUGCAGAUGUUGCGCAUGAUUUAUUUUCUGUGGAUUGUGACGAUUCCAAUUGCCACACUUUGGUACUUCUCUGAGUACAUCUUGUCGAAGAUUGUGCCUGAGCAAGAAGUGGCUAAGAUGGCUGGUCUUUACUUGAAAGUUGCUCUGUUGGGAACGCCCGGGUAUGCCUGCUUCGAGAGUGGAAAGCGUUAUCUGCAGGCGCAAGGUGUAUUUUCCGCUUCUCUCUACGUUCUACUCUUCUGUGCCCCCUUGAAUGCCUUUAUGAACUGGUUUUUUGUCUGGAAACUACAAUGGGGAUUUAUCGGUGCGCCUAUUGCAGUUGCUAUCACGGAAAACCUCCUCCCGGUAGGCCUGUUUCUAUACACAUAUUUCUUUGUGGGAAGCGAAUGCUGGUGCGGUUUCUCGAGAAGGGCUUUCCAAAAUUGGGGACCUAUGAUUCGUCUCGCAUUGCCAGGUUUGAUCAUGGUAGAAGCCGAGUGCCUUGCCUUUGAAGUUCUCACACUUGCGUCGAGCUACCUGGGCACUACCGAGCUGGCCGCUCAGUCUAUCCUCUCGACAAUCUCGAGUAUCACAUGGCAGAUUCCCUUUCCUCUCUCCAUUGCUGGUAGUACACGGAUUGCGAAUCUGAUUGGUGCCACAUUGGUUCCAGCUGCCAAGAUAACAGCCAAGGUGAGCUUCUGUGGAGCUACCAUUGUGGGGCUCUUCAAUAUGAUUCUGCUCUCUAGCUUGCGAUCCUAUAUCCCUAUGCUCUUUAGCUCCGACCCCGAAGUCAUCGAGCUAGUUGCAGAGGUUCUUCCACUAUGUGCUGCAUUCCAGCUGUUCGAUGCACUGGCUGCCAACUGCAAUGGAAUUCUUCGUGGUCUAGGACGCCAGGAGAUCGGUGGCUAUAUCCAGCUAUUCUGUUACUACGCUAUUGCCAUGCCAAUCAGUAUGGGCACGACCUUCUCGUUAGACUGGGGCGUCAUGGGUCUGUGGACAGGUGUUGCUUUGGCUUUGCUGCUUGUUUCCGGAAUCGAGGCUAUCUUCAUCAGCCGCAUUAGCUGGGAACGUUCCGUCGAAGAGGCGCUGGAGCGCAAUGAAUUGACUUGA